GAGAGGGAAGCAGCGCACGAAUGCAACAGAGCAGCGGAGGAGAGGAAAUAGAGAGAGAAGGAGGACUAGGCGUUACGCUCGCUCCUUCACAAGCUGCCUGCGAGAUGCCAGGACUGCUGCAGAGAGAUUGCCGUUUCUUUCCUUUUUCUUUCUUUCAUCAGCUUUGUGUUGCGGUGAACUCUUCAUCCUCUCGUCUGUCUCGGAGGUGCAUGAAGAAACGGCCCUACAUGGAGUCCAGGUGCCUUUGGUUGUGAGAUCUGAAUGUCUUCUGUGCCUCUUGUGAAGACUGAAGAAAGGAAAGGAAAUAAAUAAAUAAAUGCAAUUCUUUAAAAAGGAGCGAGAAUGCCUACAAAUGGGUUGCAGUAGUGGAGAUAUAGUCUCUCGCUAACUUUGGAAAGCUUCAUCACAAACUAAGAAAAAUUUGAAACGGCACAGCGCAGCAACAAAUCAGUAUUCUCCUACAGACCCCUGAAAGAAAUGGCCAAGUGGGUUAACCCUUUAUCUGGCUGAGUUGACUCUUUAGGCAGCCACAAUCUCCAAACAAAACAGGGUAAUUUUGGAAUGUUUUUUGAUAUAUGGAGAUCCUAAGAUGGAAAUUUGACGGCCUUCAAUUUUGGUAGCAGAUAAUAAAAACCUACACUUUCUAGUGUAUCGCAAGCCGAAGUAUACAUAACUAACAAAUCUGAGAUGCUCAGCUCGGAUGAUUAGCUCGAAAAGACUCCGAAAAUCUUCUCAGGUCUGACUGGCGUUUUCCUGCUUUAAUUCGUUGACAACGUUUCGUUAAAGAUGGCUGCCGGAGUGGCAACAUGGCUACCGUUUGCCAGGGCAGCAGCCGUUGGCUGGCUUCCCCUGGCCAAGAAAACCAUGCCCAAACCACCAAUAGACAAAAAAAAUCGCAACGAUGAGAUCCUGUUUGUAAAUGUGAGCGGACUCCGCUUCCAGACAUGGAAAAACACGCUAGACCGAUAUCCCGACACUCUGCUGGGCAGCUCGGAAAAGGAGUUUUUCUACAACGAGGACACUCAGGAGUAUUUCUUCGACCGGGAUCCAGAGAUGUUUCGCCACAUUUUGAACUUCUACCGAACAGGCCGGCUUCACUACCCCCGGCAGGAGUGCAUUCAGGCCUUCGACGAGGAGUUGGCGUUCUACGGCAUCGUGCCGGAUAUUAUCGGAGACUGCUGCAUGGAAGAGUACAGGGACCGCAAGAAAGAAAACCAGGAGCGUUUGGCAGUAGACACGGAGGCGGAGAUGGCGACAGACACCCCUCUGCCGCCACACAGCACGCAUCGGGAACGCUUGUGGCGUGCGUUCGAGAAUCCCCACACUAGCACCAUGGCACUGGUUUUCUACUACGUCACCGGUUUCUUCAUCGCCGUCUCAGUCAUAGCAAACGUAGUAGAGACCGUCCCAUGCCGACCGCUCAAAGGCAGCAAGAAAGACUUGCCAUGCGGAGAGAAGUACUCGCUGGCGUUUUUCUGCAUGGACACGGCCUGUGUGCUCAUCUUCACCUUCGAGUACCUCAUGAGGCUUUUCGCCGCCCCUAGCCGCUGCAAGUUCAUGCGUUCAGUCAUGAGCGUGAUUGAUGUGGUCGCCAUCAUGCCCUACUACAUCGGCCUUGUCAUGCCAGAGAACGAGGACGUGAGUGGUGCGUUCGUCACACUAAGGGUGUUCAGAGUCUUCCGGAUCUUCAAGUUCUCCCGUCACUCUCAGGGCCUGCGGAUCCUGGGUUAUACCCUGAAGAGCUGUGCGUCUGAGCUGGGCUUCCUGCUGUUUUCCCUCACCAUGGCUAUCAUCAUAUUUGCCACCGUCAUGUUCUACGCUGAGAAAGGCACCAAGGGAACCAACUUCACCAGCAUCCCAGCCUCCUUCUGGUACACCAUAGUCACCAUGACAACGCUUGGGUAUGGAGACAUGGUGCCAAACACCAUCGCUGGAAAGAUCUUUGGCUCUAUCUGCUCUCUCAGCGGUGUGCUGGUUAUUGCUCUUCCUGUUCCCGUCAUCGUGUCCAACUUCAGCCGAAUCUACCAUCAGAAUCAAAGAGCGGACAAGAUGCGAGCCCAGCAGAAAGUUCGACUUGCCAGAAUUCGCUUGGCCAAGAAGGGAACCACCAACGCCUUCCUACAGUACAAAGAAGAAGGAGGAUUUCAUGAUCGGGACCAUGACGGCGCUCUGUGUCUGAAGAACAGAUCUUCAUUUGAGCACCAACAUCAUCAUUUGCUCCACUGUCUGGAAAAGACAACAAAUCAUGAGUUCACUGAUGAGCUGACAUUCAGUGAGAUGUGCAUGACGGAGUCUGUGGGUUACCGCACCAGCCGCAGCACCUCCAUCUCCAGCCAGCAGGGGGUUUCCACGUCCUGCUGCCCGCGCAGAGCCAAGAGAAGAGCCAUCCGCCUGGCCAACUCCACUGUAUCAGUGAGCCGCGGCAGUGUCCAGGAGCUCGACACACUGCACGUGCACAAGACUACUAUCAGACCACAGAGCCGCUCCAGUCUGAACGCGCGGACAGAAGACCUGAAGCUAAACUGUGAUGACCGGGAUUUCACAGCGGCUAUAAUCAGUAUACCAACCCCUCCUGCCAACACCCCUGACGAGAGUCUGCCGCCCUCUCCUGCCAUUCCCGGCAUCUUACGCAACUCUCGUUCCAGUUCCUUCACCCACGAGACAGUGAAGAUCUCCUCCUUAUAACCGCCACAAGCACACGAGCAUCCCCCUAUUAUUGCACAACGGAACGGACGUGAUGGACUAAGUGCAUCUGCUUCAUUCCAAAUGGACAUUUCCACAUGGACUCGCAUGAGCUGAUGUGCGUUUUUUUGUGAUCGUCACAGUUUGAACAAUUCCAGGGGGGAAAAGACUGCAUAAAAAACUCGAUCGCAUAUCGCAAAUCAGCAGUUAUAGCGGCACUGAAGGCCUUUUACUUUUAAAGAUAUGCAAUGUUUCAACAAGCUGGAAUUAUGCCUAUAUGUCCACUGCGAAAUACAGUUGCGGGAGAGAUUACUUAAAAAAAAAAAAAAAAAAGUGGAAAUAUUGAACCUGUAGAUCUUUGCAGGGAAAAAAAAAAGCUAUAACAACAACAACAAAAAUGACGGCAGAUGGUGUAUAUGUAUCAAUAUUUGUAUCAUACCUCUUUAGAUCACAUGCAUCUUCAAAACCCCCCCCACAAGGAGGAAAAAAAAGAGAAGAGAUUCAUGAGCAAUCCUACCCAAACAUGCAUGUUGUAUUGUAGAUACCAUGGCAGAGAAUGGAGCCGCCAACAUGCUACUCGCACAUACUUUUUUGCAUGGUACUUCUUUUACCUCCGUUUCGUUUGUCCUGUUUUCUUUCUUAACAUCUAUGAAGAAAAAAAAAAAGAGAUGAUAUUUACAGAGUAUUAAUGAUCAAACGUGAUGCACCAGAUGUGCACAUUAGGGAAAAAAAGAUCGAUAAACAAAGAAAAUGAAAAUAAUAAAAAAAAUUCAGGCAUGUUUUUGCAAAAAUCUGAAGCCAGACAAGUGCGGCUGUGAGUGUGUGUGUGUGUGUUUGCGUGAAUGUGCGAUUGGGCGGCGAUUGGGAAGAACUUGUGUUAUUUGAUCACAGAUAUGCAUGGAUACCGUUGUAGGUAUUUUUAUGUGUUUUCUCCAAUGGGAAAAUGAAGGGUUUCUUUAGCAUUUUAAAGCGACUGGAGGGCGUUUACCACUGUCAUUGAGUUUUUACAGCAGUAAUUAGAGUCACUUCAACUUAUCUUUUAUUUGGCUUGGUAAUCAAGUGUAACCUUUAAACCCUGGCUGGCUAUUUUUAUACGGUAGUUCGUGCAUCGAAAACAAGGCUGUGUAACGGUCCAGUGAGCCAUUUCUCAUCUGUUAAUGUUUAUUUAAAAAAAUCAUAAGCAGCAAAUGAGACAGGCAAUAAUAGUGUAAUUAUUUUUUACUACAACAGAAAAUGAAAGAAGCAGUUAUAUAUGGAAGACUAAUUUAAAAAAGGUAGGAAUGCAAAUUUGCACUUGACUGUGAUGAGAAAUAUAUUUGUUACUGUUUACAAGCAUUGUUAGUAAGUUAUUUUUACGUUCAUUUUUGGUUCUGUCUGUCUUUUUUUUUCCUCUCUCAAGCUUCAUAAAACGGUGUGAAGUGGUAAAUUUAGUAAUUGGUCAGGCACCUGCUCAUUUUCGGCAGGCGGUGUUGGAUGAAUGGCUCCCGGUAGGAGAUUAAAGAGUUAGAUAUCAAAAGCACAGAGGUGUAAAGUCUAUUCCACAAAUAAAGUGAACAGAACUCAGAAAA